CUGUCUCCUAGGCUAGCCUGAAAGCUGACUCUAUAAAUAAGCCCUUUGCACAGCAGUGCCAAGACUUGGUUAAAGUCAUUGAGGAUUUCCCAGCAAAGGAGCUGCACACCAUCUUCCCAUGGCUGGUAGAGAGCAUUUUUGGCAGCCUAGAUGGUGUCCUCAUUGGCUGGAACCUCCGCUGCUUACAAGGGCAUGUGAAUCCUGUGGAGUACAGCAUCGUGAUGGAAUUUCUUGACCCUGGUGGCCCAAUGAUGAAGUUGGUUUAUAAGCUUCAAGCUGAAGACUAUAGGUUUGACUUUCCUGUCUCCUACCUGCCUGGUCCUGUGAAGGCGUCCAUCCAGGAGCGCAUCCUCCCUGACAGUCCCCUGUACCACAACAAGGUCCGCUUCACCCCUACUGGGGGCCUUGGCCUGAACCUGGCCCUGAAUCCGUUCGAGUAUUACAUAUUCUUCUUUGCCGUGAGCCUCAUCACUCAAAAGCCACUCCCUGUGUCCCUCCACGUCCGUACUUCAGACUGUGCCUAUUUCAUCCUGGUGGACAGGUACCUGUCGUGGUUCCUGCCCACCGAAGGCAGUGUGCCCCCGCCACUCUCCUCCAGUCCAGGGGGAACCAGCCCCUCACCACCUCCCAGGACACCAGCCAUGCCCUUUGCUUCCUAUGGCCUCCACCACACUAGCCUCCUGAAGCGACACAUCUCUCAUCAGACGUCUGUGAAUGCAGACCCCGCCUCCCAUGAGAUCUGGAGGCCAGAAACUCUGCUCCAGGUUUUUGUUGAAAUGUGGCUUCAUCACUAUUCCUUGGAGAUGUAUCAAAAAAUGCAGUCCCCUCACGCCAAGCUGGAGGUUCUGCACUACCGACUCAGUGUCUCCAGCGCCCUCUACAGCCCCGCCCAACCCAGCCUCCAGGCCCUCCACGCCUACCAAGAGUCGUUCAUGCCUACUGAGGAGCAUGUGUUGGUGGUGCGCCUGCUGCUGAAGCACCUGCACGCCUUUGCCAACAGCCUGAAGCCAGAGCAGGCUUCGCCCUCCGCCCACUCCCACGCCACCAGUCCCCUGGAGGAAUUCAAACGGGCUGCUGUCCCGAGGUUCGUCCAGCAGAAACUCUACCUAUUCCUGCAGCAUUGCUUUGGCCACUGGCCCCUGGACGCAUCGUUCAGAGCUGUCCUAGAGAUGUGGCUGAGCUACCUGCAGCCAUGGCGGUAUGCGCCUGACAAGCAGGCUCCGGGCAACGACUCCCAGCCCCAGUGUAUGUCGGAGAAAUGGGCACCCUUUGUCCAGGAGAACCUGCUGAUGUACACCAAGUUGUUUGUGGGCUUCCUGAACCGCACACUCCGCACAGACCUGGUCAGCCCCAAGCAUGCGCUCAUGGUGUUCUGAGUGGCCAAAGUCUUUGCCCAGCCCAGCCUGGCUGAGAUGAUUCAGAAAGGUGAGCAGCUAUUCCUGGAGCCAGAGCUGGUCAUUCCCCACCGCCAGCACCGACUCUUCACGGCCACCACCUUCACUGGGAGCUUCCUGUCACCCUGGCCACCCGCAGUCACUGAUGCCUCCUUCAAGGUGAAGAACCACGUCUACAGCCUGGAGGGCCAGGACUGCAAGUACACCCCGAUGUUUGGGCCCGAAGCCCGCACCCUGGUGA